CCUUUAAUACACCCCGUGCUAACGGUAGCACCGCAAGCUCUUCGCCACUGGGUGUAAUGAUCGAGCUCCUUAUGCUGUAGAUCCACAUUUAAUGACUGGGUUUUAAAUUAGGUCUGUGCUGCAACAAGUUGAAGAGGUGUAAUAUAGUUGUUUCUUGCGUGGAAUGUACCCAGAGGUAAAAAUGGACUAACCUGCUAACUUUUUGCUUGUUUUGAGUCUAACCAUAUUUGUGCGCUAGCUUCGCAUUUUCUUCUAACAUAGUACCCAUUCAUGGGCCUGGCUACACGGUGGGGGGGCUGGAGGUCAGGGCAGGCCUGGCUCUUCCAAUCAUAUGCUCAGUGCACCCUGGGGCCAAUCGCAUGGCUCUCCAAGUUUCCGCGAAUUGGUAUUUAGCGAUUUUCGAUAUCCUUUCAGUGACAUGGGAGAAAUAUCCUAGCGGCUUGGACUUAAGGUGAUUAUACUGAGUUUGAGUCACUAUAAUGAGCUCAUGUAGAAUGUGAUUUCUGUGCUUUCUGAGGGGGGGCAGAGGCGACCACCUGCGGCAUGUCUGAAAUACUAAUGAGCUGCACGCGACAGUGUGUCCAACCACCCCUUCACCUUAAUCCUGUGCCCCCACCCCCUAGUUCACAAAGCUGGAGCUGGGCCCGAAUUAAUACAUUGACAUGAUUUACAUGACAUAAAUCUACCACUGUUGCUUUGCCGAUUUGUAAAAUUAACUUGUUACGCAUGUUUAAGCUUUUGCCAGGCCAGUGCAGGGAGGAAUAAUCCACCUUUGACGUAGCUACAGGGCGGCACCAGGCUUCAGGGGUACAGCUGGGAAUUUGCCUGGCUUUUUAUUUUUCAUUUGUAAUGGUUUCUGUGCCUUGCUUUUUGUAUUUAUUAUUAGAUGGGCAGUCGGCAUAGUGUUGGCCGCACCUGUAUUCCUGUAGUCUUGAACUUAUUUGAGUCAUUUUUGGAUUCUUUUGGUUUUCAGGCUGCUUGUGCCAUAACCAUUACCUUGUCUUUUCCAUACUCCCUAGAGCAGAUGGCAGACGCUUUCUUCAGGGCUCACGGCUCCCCUCCUUCACACUGUGUGUGGUGAUCAUUUUGUAGUGAUAUAGUAUGACUCACCAUUCAUUGUGAUCACGCGUCUGAAGUGUCUGUCUGUCUGUCUGUGUGUGUGUGUCAGUAAGUGAACCUAAUAACCAGUGAACUGGUCCUCCUAUAACAGUGAAGGAGCACCAUCAAGAUCAUGGACCUUCUGCACAGCAUAGGGGUGGACCUGGCCCUCUACCUCCAAACAAACUACCGAAAUUAUGAAAGCGUGUUCCGCCUGGCCUCCUCCCUGGCAGACCUGCACACACCCAUCUUUAUCUUCUUUCCCGUUUGGUUCCACUUACGUCAGAAAGUGGGCAUCAAUCUAAUAUGGGUAGCUGUGGUCGGGGACUGGCUUAACCUGGUCUUCAAAUGGGUUCUCUUUGGGGAGAGACCAUACUGGUGGGUCCAUGAGACCCAGUUCUAUGGUUCUGCACCACCUCCUGUCUUGCAGCAAUUCCCCAUCACCUGUGAAACUGGGCCAGGAAGCCCAUCUGGUCACGCCAUGGGCUUGGCAGGAGUGUGGCAUGUCAUGGUGACAGCUGUCUUUGCAGCAAAUACAGAGAGAAAACACUCUGCUCUUUUCAGCUGGGUCAUACGCCUGGGGCUCUGGAUGGUGCUGGGCAUACUCGUCCUCCUUGUGUGCAUGUCCCGGGUGUAUGUGGCCGCCCACUUCCCACAUCAGGUCAUCACUGGGGUCAUUGCAGGUAUGAUUGUGGCUGAGGUGUUCAACCGAGUGCAGUGGAUCUACAGCGCCAGUCUGAAGAAGUACCUGUACGUCACCCUCUUUCUGCUUACCUUCGCCCUGGGUUUCUAUGUGCUGCUGAAGGCACUCGGUGUCGACCUGCUCUGGACUCUGGAUAAAGCAAAGAGGUGGUGCAUCCGGCCCGAAUGGGUCCACAUGGACACGACGCCUUUCGCCAGCCUCCUCCGCAACAUGGGCACCUUGUUUGGCCUCGGUUUGGGCCUGCACUCUCCUCUCUACACAGAGAACAAGAAGAGCAGGAGCGCCUCCUUCAGGCUGGGCUGUAUCAUAUCCUCACUGCUGCUUUUGCAGCUGCUGGAUACAGUUAACCUCCCUUCUAAGAGUAAUUUUUUGUUCUACCUGUUGUCCUUCUGUAAGAGUGCAGCCGCACCCUUCAUCACUGCUGCCCUGGUGCCAGGCUGCCUCUCAGUCCUCUUCCUAAGCAAAAAUGUUCAGAGGAACUUAUGACAAUGAGGAACCGAAUAUGUCAGUCCUCUGGUGGAUUAUGUUGGCUAGCUUCCGAGGAUAAAAAUCUCAGUCUGCUGUCACUGACAGUUAGGUAGUCUUUACACUUGGGUUCUUUUUUUCAAGACUGCCCAGACCAAAACUCCAAGAGGUCAGUGAUGGUUGCAGUGUGACUGCCGUUAGCUAUACUUCCAAGUACUCAGUUAAACUUAUAGAUGCUCCUGCUGAAUGUUUCAGAACUUACUGGGGAAGUUAGAAUUGAGGUCAUGGUAUUUAAAACAGUGAAUUCAGUUUGUUUGCAUGUGGGUAGCACAUCUCCCCAAUAACAUGCCCUCCAGGGUUUUGAACCUUGUACAUACCCCAUCGUGCGUGAUUGUGAUCUCACUGUACCUGUUUAACAUGUCCCUCAUAACUACAACAUUCAGAAAAAUAAAAUUGACUUUAAAUUUUUAUUUACUCUUGAACGGUUGAGAGGUCAGAAUGUUCUUUUUGGAUUAACUUUUAAUUGAAAUUGAAUAAAUCUGGACUCUUUAUAAAUAA